AUGAUCGCCCAGGCUGUCCUCUUUGCUAUCCUCGCCAGGCAGGCCGCUGCCCAGGUGUACCCCACCGGCCCAAUGGGACCCACCAACCCUCCGGCAGCCAUCCUCGGCACUCCCAUCAACCAAAACUCGGACGCGAGGCUGCUCAGCCUCAACGCCGUCGACGACUUUUGUCUCUUUGCCCCGCCCGAGCCCAACUCGGAGAUUGGCAACACUGAGGCCGAGGUCGUCGCCUGGUGCACCAAGGCGCGCAACAAUGCCCGUGUGAUCCCCGACGGCACCAUCACGGCGGCCCACCUCGUCAAGACGCCAAUGUACUGGCAGAUCCAGGGCUGGGGUGACUUUACCAAGCUCAACAUCAAGCACGGCGACGAGGGCGGCGAGCUCGACCCCCACGGUGCCGAUGCCGUCGGCAACCCCAUCGGCGGCAACGUCACGUCGACUGCCAACGGCGGCGACACUUCGUACGAGGAGUGGAUGAGCUUUAUGAGCUACAACGAGUUCUGUCUCCGUAUCUGCACCAACGAGGGCCAGUGGUCCGCCGGCGAGAUGUGCGCCCACGAGCUCGACCUCAUGGGCUGCCAGUGGGUCAUGCCUGGCGACUACUCGGACAACUCGUUCACCGAGUGCGAUGGUGACGCCGCGUACCCGCCCGGAGUCUACCCCCAGGGUGAUGGCAGCUACUCGACCUUCCGCCAGCGCUACACUGGCUCGUACUGGGACAACGGCGAGCUGCACUACUGGACUGUCGGCCAGACCGUUACUCCUGCCCGUGCCGCCUCGGUUCCUGCUACGUGGAACUGCAAGACGCACUCGUCCAUCGCCAACGGCCUGAACGUUCCCGGCGCUGUCGGCGUCAGCACGUCCGUGUCGUCGACCACGACGACGACGUCCUCGACUACGACCACUGCUUCGUCGAGCUCGAGCACGCCGUCGUCCAGCUCCUCCUCCUCGAGCUCCGCUUCGUCGUCGAGCUCUGCCGCCUCGUCCAGCUCUUCGGCUGCCUCAUCGAGCUCGUCGGCUGCCUCGUCCAGCUCCGCUUCGUCGUCGAGCUCCUCCGCUGCGUCGUCGUCCACCACAACCGCCUCCUCCGCGUCGUCGCCCAGUACCACCGCGUCGCUCCCCUCCUCGACCGGCUCGUCCUCUGCGUCGACCACGCCUUCGUCGAGCACCACCACCACGACCGCCAGCCCCACGGCAUCCCCCACUGGCGCUGCCAGCUCCAGCACCACCUCCAAGGUCUGCAAGACCCGUCGCAGGAGGCGUUCUCUGUAGAUUGGUGCCAGUGCACCCCGAGGCCUGGAGCCGUUGUGAUGAAUCACGUUGCAUGUCA